AGUUUUCACAUGGACGCUUAUCGGUUCGGUGGGGGUGUUGGAGUAGAAAAUAAAAAAAAAACGCAAAAUUGUUCGAAUUAAAUAUCAAAUUUUAUGAAAAUUAUAACACAGCACCCCAAAUAGUUUUUAUAUUCAAAAUUUAAACAUCGCAAGAAUUAUGAAAUGUCGCGUGUUUCCGGGAUCCACAUGCAAUUUUUAACCCAUAACGGUCAUUGGGCUCUUAAUAACCCAACAACAAUUACCAUUACAGCGGGCGCCCAAUCAAUGGGACAAAGUGAAUAUGAAGAAUAAUUUGAAAAUUAAAUUUUAUUCCAAAAUAAAGUGUGCUUGACAAAAUAGUUUUCAAAAUGAAAAAAUAAAUAAAUAGAAUAAAGAUUUCUAUUAAAAUAUUAAAAACAAAUGUUAACCAUCAAUUAAAGACAAUCAAAAACAAAAAAAGGAUAUACGAGAGUCACGGCUGGUUUUUGGAUUCUGCGCAUUACAAUCUCAAUAAGCAAUUCAGGAUUCAACUGUCAAAUACCGGCGAAACUAUUUAAAUCCUUCCACUGUUACCACUUGUGUACGAAGCACGUCUAAUGUAGCCAUAGUUGUCCACAACAACCAGCUGAUGAAUGGAAUUAUCAACUUGUAAAAUAUAUUGCUUCUUCCAAACACCAGUUGCAACAAGAUAGCAUUGGUAGCAGCGCGUUCAUUUAAAUAAUGUGGGCAGCUCGUACCGUUAUAGAAUCGACGGCCAUCGAUGGUCGCGGUAGCCUGCAGGAAACAUUGGCUGAUAUAGAACCGGCAAUAUCAACUAUAGCUGGAUCAUUGGUCUCCAUCGGUUCUAUAUCACAGACACAACCGCGAUAUGGUACAAACGAUGCUGGUUACGAUACUGAGCAUACAUCACUAAAUUCGGAUUUUGAUGAGGCCGAAUUGCGCAGAGAGUUAUUACGAGAUAAAUGGAAACUGUUAUUUGAUAUGUUCGAUCCUGAAGGAUUUGGUGAAAUAACCGUCGACGAGUUUUUAAAUGCUUUAAAGUCACCAGAAUUUAUAUCACAAGUGCCUAUGAACAAACGAGAGCUAUUAACGGAGAGAGCAAAAAAGGCUAAAUCACCCAUUGGACCAGGCUAUGUAACAUUUCAAGAUUUCGUAAAUGUGAUGAGUGGCAAGCGGACACGUAGCUUCAAGUGUGCCGUUCAUCAUCGAGACCGUGAAGUCUGUUCGGAGAAUGAUUUUCAGCUGGUGCUAGAGGAGCCGCCAUUUUUCAAGAGAAUGGUUCACGUCAUUGCCAUGGAAGUUCUGCCCGAGGAACGCGAUCGCAAAUAUUAUGCCGACCGCUAUUCCUGUUGUCCGCCGCCUUGGUUCAUUGUCUGCAUAACCAUUAUUGAGCUAACACUGUUCACGUAUCACACCGUCAAUGCUGGCGCUGAGACAGAUCCUGUGGGUCCUGUACCCAUUGAUUCCCUCUUCAUUUACCGUCCCGAUAAACGUCAUGAGCUAUGGCGUUUCAUGUCCUACAUGUUCCUGCAUGCCGGCUGGUUCCAUUUGGGGUUUAAUUUGCUGAUACAACUGGUGUUUGGUCUACCACUGGAGAUGGUACACGGAUCGGGUCGGAUUGCAUGUAUAUAUUUUUCUGGUGUUUUGGCUGGUUCAUUGGGCACCAGUAUCAUUGAUCCCGAUGUGUAUUUGGUAGGCGCCAGCGGUGGCGUUUACGCUCUGCUAGCUGCACAUUUGGCCAAUGUAUUGAUAAACUAUCAUCAAAUGCACUACGGAAUUUUACGUCUGGCAUCAAUUCUGUUCUUUGCCUCCUGUGAUGUUGGGUUUGCCGUGUACGCCCGUUUCGUUGACGAUUAUCCGUCCGUAUCAUUUAUUGCCCAUUUAACUGGUGCACUGGCUGGCCUCACUAUCGGCUUGCUGGUCCUCAAGAAUUUCGAACAGAAACUGCACGAGCAACUCCUCUGGUGGAUUGUGUUGGGCAUUUAUACGGCCUGCAUCAUAUUUGCCAUAAUCUUCAAUCUACUCAACAGCACUGUGAUGCUACGCCUGAGGGGCCAACCCCUCUACGCCACCGAGACGGUUUAUAAUCAUUUUCAAGUCUGAUAUUUACUUUUGACUGCCACUGUUGUCCUGGCACUGGGACUGGGACAAUUACUGCCGACUCGCCUGAAGGACAUAUUUAUUUAUUUAUAGUUGGAUACGCCCGCCUAACAGAGUUUCAGUUGUUUUGUUUGAUUUUUCGUUUCGUUUUGUUGACGUUUUAUUAUUUUCUCUUUUUUGUCGUAGCUGUUUUUUUUUUUUGCAAUGUGAAGUGAAUUCAAUUAAUAACUUUAAUUUAAUAAUAAUUCAAUUUAUUUGUUGCUUUUUUCACAUAUCUCUUAGCAUAGAUUCGAAAUGCGAGCUUUUUUAAUUUUAGUUGUCAGGAAACUCUAACGAAAGAAAUUAGACACAUAUAUGAGUUUAUAUAUGAAUGUGUAUACGAAAACAAAAAUAACAAAAAUAUUAAUAUUGUACUGCAUUUACAGCGAACUAUUGCAUUUCCAAAUAAAUAUAUUUUAUUCUAAAAUAUAGACAUAUUUUUGGAAAAUUCCACAGAAACUGCCAUAGAUGAAAUUUCGAAAUUUAGUUUAUAUCGACUUGUAUAUCAACUCUAUGUUAUGCCUAGAUUUAAGUAUUUAAAACUGAAGUUAAUUUAUGUAAAUAUUUCCUAAAAAUAUACAAUAAA